AGCUGAUUAGAUGGUUUAACGGGAAAUCCGAAAUGGAUUUUGGAUAAUUAAUUUAUCGGCGAAAGAUAAUACAAUGAACACGUACACCUUGUGUUAUCAAGCCGAGUAAACUAGUCGCUAUCAUUAUCUAACAUGUGCUAGUAUUAAAACUCAAUAAUAAAUUAAAUUUAUAAUUAAAAAUGAGAACGUUAACGUUACUUCUCUGUGUUUUUACAAUAAAACAAUGCAUUUGUGAAGAAACUAUAGAAGUUAGUUUAAAACAAGGUGUAGUUGUUGGAAAAGUUGAGAAAACUUUAUAUAAAAAGCAAGAUUUUUAUACUUUCAAAGGAAUACCUUUUGCGGAAACACCCGUUGGGGAAUUGAGAUUCCAGCCACCAAAACCUCAUGAUGGUUGGAGCGGUAACUUGGAGGCUUUUGAAAAUAAGCCAACCUGCAUGCAGUUCAGUUCCCGAAUGAGGAACAAGGAACCCUUUGGAAUAUCAGGAUCUGAAGACUGUCUCUAUGUUAGCGUCUUUACACCAGACGUGAAAGGAAACGCUCCAGUAAUAGUUUUUGACUAUAAUGAUCAAUUUAGAACAUGGUUCAAUGGAACUGAGACUUACUCCCCUGACUUCCUAAUAGAAGAUGGAGUCGUUGUAGUCACCAUCAGCCAUCGUCUAGCCAUUCUCGGUUACCUAACUACUGAAGACGGUGUAAUUAAGGGUAACAAUGGCUUGAGAGAUUUCAUUCUUGGUCUAGAAUGGAUUAAACAUAACAUAGAAAAGUUUGGCGGUGAUCCGUCCAAAGUAACUAUUGUUGGCAGCCGAGGUGGUGCUGCUCUCGCUGAUAUUCUACUUUAUUCUGAAAAAGCUAAAGGCCUUUUCUCAGGUGCCAUACUUCAAAGUGGAACAGCAUUAGAAGCUAUGUACUUCUACAAAGAGCCUAAGAAGAAAGCAUUCCAUCUAGGAGCUGCUUUGAAUAUUACUGCAGCAAACAGUGAGGAAUUGUUAAAAGAACUUCAAAAAAUAGACGCUGAAAAAAUCUUACUUGCCGAAGUUGACACCAUAGAUGUUACGUAUAUAGACCAAUAUCAGAUUAGUAACUUUCCUUUUGCACCUACAAUUGAAUACGGUAUAGAAGAUGCAGUUCUUAAAGAAUUACCAGAGAAAAGUAAGAUCGUUAAUGACGUACCUGUUAUAAUUGGUUUCAAUUCCCGAGAAGGACUUGAUAUCAUUUCUAAUUUGAUUAUUGAACCGAGAUUCUUAACCGACGAUGCUGAGAAGCACAUCCUCAAACUUCCAAUAAGGACUAAUUUCCGAUUCGUACAGAAUAGUAAGCCUUACAAAGAAGCUGGGAGGGACAUAGUUAAUUUUUAUUUGGCAGAUAAAUCCUUGCAUUAUGGGAAUCUUCUAGAGUAUGCCGUGUAUGUUGCAGACUGUUUACAAAACUACCCGAUAGAUUUGACUGCUCAUAAGCUCGCUGAAAGCCUUUCUUCUCCGGUCUUUUAUUAUGUUUUUGACUUCAGAGGUCAGUGGAAUGAAAAUAGUCAGAAUAUUAUGGCUCAAGCUAGGACAACCAUGGGCCACCAUGGAGCCACGGUGGGAGAUGAGAUAUGUUACUUGUUUGUUUGCUCACGUAUAAAGAAGAGCUAUGAGCAGAUGCUAAAUCUGCCAAGCGAACAAAACGAACUCAAAGUAACGAAGAAAAUGGUCCGUCUGUGGAGCAAUUUCGCCAGAACAAGAAACCCCACACCAUCGAAAGACGACGAAGUUCUAAAGGGAUUUUCAUGGAAGCCCAUUGGCAAGGAGCUAGAAACCAACUACCUUCACGUCACGAAGCUACUCCGCAUGAAGACCAAUCCGUUGGGAGAGAGGAAGAAGUUUUGGGAAGACUUCUUGGAAAAGUACUCACAGAUGGCGGUAGAUGGCGUUAUAGGCACAGCAGAUACUGUAGAGGUUGAAGAACCAAAACCUGUUGAACCUGUUGAUCCUUUAGAAGCUAUCGUUGAAUCUGUAGAACCCAAAGAACCUGCAGAACCUAUAAAUAUCGUCGAUGUCGCUCAUGAAGAACUAUAACAAUAUAAAAUUUCAUCGACUACCUAAAAAAUAAAUUUGUCUGUUUUUUUUUA